AUGAAUAAUAGACAUAAUAAAAAUGAGUCUUUAUAUUUGCUAAAUAAUGAAAACCUAGAUACAAAUAUACAGAAAAUAUAUACAAAAUUCAAAUCAUCAACAACACCCAAUGAUUUAUAUAAUUUAAUUGAUAAAAUUGAUAAUACAAUAUCUACAAUUGAUUUAAAUUUAGAUAAUUACAUAACAAUUCAUAAACAAAAAUUACAACAAGAUAUAACAAAUAUCGAGUCUUUAAGAACUUCAAAAUUAUCAUCUACCAUUACAAAUUCAUCUCAAUUAUCUGAAUUUUUCACAAAUACUGAUGAAUUGGGUCAUAAUUUAACAUACAAGAUAAAAUCAUUAGAUCAAGAAAUUGGCAAUGUAAAUGAAACUUUAACUUAUGUUGAAAAUAUACAACUACUCAAGAACAAUAUAAAUCAAAUAAAUUAUGCAAUUGAUCAUCAACAAUGGGAUUCAGCAGCUCAUUGUAUACAUACUAUAAAUACUAAAAUUCCACAAAGUUUAAUUCAAGGAGAAUACGCUUCGGUGGUUAUUCCAUCAACUGAUAUUCCAGAAUUACCACGAGUUUGUAUAGACAACUGGACAAAAAAACUAGUGGAAGUUUUCAAAAAUCAAUUUAAUGAAGCAGCAAAGGAAAGAAAUGUUGAAAAAUUAACUAAAUUUUUCCAAUUAUUUCCGUUAAUAAAACAAGAGGAAGUUGGAUUAAAUUGUUAUUCAAAGUUUAUUUGUGAAGUUAUAAAUGAAUCAUCAAAGAAUCUAACUCAAACUGUGAACAAUAUUAGUGCAAGUGAUUUAAAACCUGGAAUUUUUGCAACUGUAUCAAUGCAAUUAUUUGAAAAUGUAUCUAUGAUGUUAUCACAACAUGGUCCUUUAAUUAAACGAUACUAUAGUUCAACCUAUCCUGAAGCUUUAACAUUUGUUGUGAAUAAAAUUCAAAGAGAAAUUGACUUACAAAUUGGUAUAAUAGCAGAUACUUUUUAUGAUGCAAGACGAUUAGAUAAAAUUUUCCAAGAUAUUAGAUUAUACAAUUUCCCCAUCUUAACUCAAAGAACAAGUGAAAUGCAAGAACAUUAUUCACAAGAUCAUAAUAACCAAGAUGAAAUUGUUGAUUCAAAAGCAACUGAUGAUUUACUACCUAUACAAACAAUCGGAGAUUUAAUACUGGAAUUAUCAUCAAUUUUACAAAAUUGGUCAUUAUAUUGUAAAUUUAUAACUGCUAAAUAUUUUAAUGAUUCAAAUCAAACAGACGAAUUACAUGUGCCCGAUAUUAUUAAUAAGUCAAAUUUCACUAAAAAAAUAAACGAAAAACUAUUACCAUCUUUUGAGAAAUUAUAUAAUUUUUAUUAUAGAAGAUCAUUAGAAAAAUCAAUAACAAUAGAAGAAUUACAACCACUAGAUACCUACUUAAAAUUUUCAACUAAAUCAAAAUCACCAGAUCAAACACCAGUAUCAUCAGUUAUUGAAGAUCUAACAUUAAUUUUAAAUACUACUUUACGUAAUGUAAUAAAAUCAGGUUUCCCCAUAUCAGUUAAAAAUUUCAUUAUUGAAAGUUUUAAAAUUUUACAACAAGAUCUAAUAAAUGGGUUUUUUAUAAAGAACCUAAAUGAUAAUAGACCAAAAUAUAAUCAAUCAUUAAAUUUCGCGCUGGAUGAAGCUACAAGUUCUCAUUUAACCAAUCCAAAAAAUUCAAGAGGUGGAACUCCAGAACCUCAUGGAUCAUCUAUACACAAUUCAAAUUCUAAUGGUCAUGGAGGAUUUUUCAAAGGUGCAUCAAGUGCUUUUGGAAGUGUUGUUAGUGGAUCUGGAGCCAUAGUUGGUAGUCUACAAUCAUCUACUACUGCAAAUAGUCCCAAAUUAAUUAAUUUUAUAAUAUAUUUAAAUUCUAUUGGAGUAUCACAAGAUUAUUUUGUGAAAGUUAUACAAAAUAUAAUUGGACAGGAUGGUACAACCAAUAAUUAUGUGAAUAGUAAUUUUCCAUUCGGUAAAGAUUCAGAAAAGAUUAAAUUAAUUUUAAAUCAAGAUUUUUUGGAUCCUUUUACUUCAAUAAGUAAUAAAAUUUUAAAUGAAAGUUUGAUUAAUUUAUAUAAUCAAUCAAUAAAACAAAAAUUAAUGAUCUUAGUUAAUGAAUUUAUUCUAGAAUCAAAUGAAUCAAAUUAUAUAAUAUAUUCAUCAAAUCAAAUCAAUGAUCCAUCAGUACUAAUUAAAUUUAAGUCAAAUUGGUCACUACUCACAAAACCUUAUUUACAAGUAUUACAUAAGUCCAUUUGGUUAAAAUUAUUGAGAUUAAUUAUUGUAAAUCUAGUAAAUUUGGUGGAAAGAAAAUUACAUUCAACUUUAAAAAAUUUUAAAAUUAAUGAAAUGGGAUCAAUUAAAUUGGAAAAAGAUUUAAGUUUUAUUAUAAAUGAAGUAUGCGAAGAUAAUUAUCACUUGAGAGAGAAAUUUUUAAAAUUAACUCAAAUUGUAUUGUUGAUUGGAAUGGAUGAUGAUGAAUAUGAAGAAAGUAAUCAACCUGUAAUAAGUAAAUUUGAAAAAGAUGAAAAUGGAGAAGUUGAUGAUGUUGAUGAAGAUGAUGAAGAAGAAAUUGGAGGUAUUAAUUGGAUUCUAACCCCACAAGAAAGAGAUCAAAUACGUAAUUACAGAGUAUAA